GCAAUAAGUUUCAUGGAGCCAUUCAACAACUUUCUGGAAAAUACAGCACAUGAGAUGUUGAAAAGGUUACACAUGAUGUUUUCAUGAUCGAUUAAUAGUAUAUAAAACAAUGCAAAACAGCCCUUAAAAGAGACCUCACAUUGCUGUUUUACCCGACCAACAUUACACAACUUAACAUUACGUAAAUCAGCAAAUCCUCACAUUGUAAAGCUAGAAGCUGUGAAUGUUCGACACUUUUUCUUCAUUAAAUUACUUAAUGACAAUCAGUUAUGAAAAUUGUUUACUGAUUAAUGUUUUGUCAGCACACUACACGAUUAAUCCAUGAAUCAUUUUAGACGUACGAAGUCCAAAUGUCUGCUGUGGAAAAGAUUUAUUAAACCACAGUUUGUUGUCAAACACUGUGAGGUUAGGGUUAGUUAGUUGUGAGCGUUCACCACUUGGUGGAGCAAUUUGUCUGCUUUCUAACUUAAGAUCAUUCUUUAAAUCUGCCGUAACUUUUAAACACUACAUUUAAUCACGGUUGAAGUCGAAGAGUGUUUUUUGCCAGUGUUGCUUUCUUCCAGGUUUGUCUCUCCUCUGUCCUCUCUUGUAGAGAUUCCUCUGCUCCUGUAAACAGGGUGCUACUGGUCAGCCUUUUGCCUGAAUAAGGCAGUGCUCCUCACUUUUUCCCCUUGUUAACUCUUUGCUUUCCGCCCCUAAAGUAUUCAGCACCCUCCAAAUGAAGAAAAAAAAUGUGAUUUAAAAAAAAAACCUGAGUUUGGCAGAGGGACUGCCCCAUCAUUUUUCACAUGACAUCAUUCAGGAUGCAGUGACAAGACGGCGAGAGAUUGCUGAGGGUGACUUCUCCCUCCUCCUCCUCCUCUUUCCCAUCUUGGGUGGUUCAUAUAAGCAACCUCCACUCGCUGUCCAAACUUGCAUCCUUAUGAAGCGCUGCAGUGUUUAGGUGUGAUCUUAAGGCUCAACUCUCACAUCUCUCCAGACAAGUCUAAAGGAGGAUCAGGGUGAAGAGAGGGGAGCGCUUAAAACUUCUAAGCCCAGAGACUACCAACUAGACACACAAGUUUGCAUCCUGACAACAGGUGAGUGACACGACAGCCCAACAGCCUCCAAUCAUUAUUCUCACUGUCUAGUGUUCACAUUUUUAUUACUUUUUCCUCCUUAUCUUGUGCCAUCAGGCUCUACUGCCACCAUUCCUGAGCGCAUAGUUUUACGCUGUUAUCAAAUUCUUUAAGCAAUGGUCUCGUUCCACUACAUUACUAUAUUUGUACGUGUUUUUGCCCCUUCUGUGCUGCACUCAGUUGCUGAGAUACACUGAGAGGUACUUCAGUAAAACAAACAUUGCUCUGCAUGGCUGCUCAGUUAAUGUCUGUUAAGACUCACACAACUGUUUAUAUUUGAGUUACUGCGAUGUGAUUUUACGCUCUGUUAAUGACAUUAUUCACUUUGUUUAGAGAAAAACUACCAAAAGUACCAGCUCUGUUUAAGUUAUUUAAACAUUUUCGAAUCUAUGUGAACUAUAACUAUUAAGUUGUUGCAUUUACGUGUGAGAAAGGUCCCUUUCAAACAUCUGUCUCUUUUGUGUUUAAGCUUCUUCACUUGCAGCCUUUGCAGUUCUUGUCCUGUGAAAUAUUCUCAAGAAAAGUAAAUGUGUCUUUAGUUUGUGCACUCCUCAGACAUGGAGUCAAAAUCUGACUCUGGACCAGCUUCAUUGACCAGCGAAGAACUGGCUGCUAUUGAGGAUGAAGGGGUUCUCAACAAGAUGCUGGACAAUGCAACAGAUUUUGAAGAGAGGCGAAUGUUACGUGCUGCACUGAGGGACUUGCUCAAAAAAAAGAGAGAUAAACGGGAGCAGGAGCGAGGGUCGAGGCAGCAGGACUUGAAACAGCAGGGCCUGAGCAAAGGAGGAACAACAGGCGGAGCUGUUAGUAUAGGCAGAGCGUCCAUGAACCAGCAGCCACCAACAAACAAGCCACCAGGCAAAUCCUCUCCAUCAGCAGGCAGCCAGGCCAGUCCCACUGCAGCCUCGGCCCUGAAAUGUCCUCCUGCUGCAGCACCCAAUGCUAAAAAUGUCAAACAGAUGCUUCUGGACUGGUGUAGGGCCAAAACAGAGCCAUAUGAGGGGGUGAACAUUCAGAACUUCUCCUCAAGUUGGAAAGACGGCAUAGCCUUCUGCGCCUUGGUGCACCGGUUUUUCCCUGAUGCCUUCGAGUACUCCAUCCUCAACCCCAACAAGCCCAGGGAAAACUUCCAGCUGGCCUUCAGCACUGCAGAGAGGCUGGCAGGCUGCCCCCCUCUGCUGGAUGCUGAUGACUUAGUCCGGAUGAAAGAGCCCGACUGGAAGUGUGUGUAUACGUACAUCCAGGAGUUCUACCGCUCCCUGGUGGAGAAAGGCCUGGUCAAAACCAAAAAGCGAACAUAGACAGCUUUCAUGAUUGGCUGUGAUUUCUUUUUUUCUUUUUUUAAUACACACACAAUCUUGAGCUGAGGUCAAAAAGAUCAUAUUAUGCACCUUUUUAAACCAAAUAUUUACAUUUUGUUUUGGUAUCUUGCCACGAAGGGGAGGAUUAAGUAUUUGAUGUGUCUGGCUGAUGCAUCAUGUGAAUGUAAAUGCACAAUGUGUUGUAUUUGUAUCGGCUUGUGUGUUACCAGGGACUUAUGGGUGUCUGUGUGCUCUCAGCGGACAGCUGGCGCUUAGGAUCAGUACAUUCCUCUGAGAUUACACAUCUGCAUUAAUCCUGGUCAGAGCCACAGAGAAUCUGGGAACAAAUUUUAUGAUGAUUCUGAAUGUGUGAGUAUUAAAGACACAUUAAAUAAAUAUCCAUUUCAUUAUACAUGCUGU